GAGUUUCCCUGAGACUUCAUUUCCCAGAGUCCAUCGGCAAGCCAAGUGCAUCGUAUGUAAACGGGUCACGUCGAAUCAAAUUCGUCCUGUCCGACUCGGUCGAAUUCCCGAAGGAUUCCGGGAAUCGUAGUUUAGGCCUUCUGCGCAGGCGCAGUCCAGAGUGGGGCGUGGUUUUUCUCUUCCUCCUAGUGCGUAGAACUACGUUGGGCGGGCGGCAGAAUCUUGUCUUCACUGCCAAAGGAAAGUCAAGGAAGAGGAAGAGAAAAUGAUUUCUGGACUUCUGAUAGCUGAGUCCCAGAAAGCACUGACCUUUCAAGAUGUGGCUGUAGAAUUCACCCCAGAGGAAUGGGGACUGUUGGAACCUGCUCAGAAGGACAUGCACAGAGAUGUGAUGUUGGAAAACUAUGAGAACUUCGUCUUCCUUGAUCUUCCAGUUCCCAAACCAACAUUAAUCUUCCACUUGGAGAAAAGAGAAACACCAUGGCUAUCAGCAGGAGAUAUCAUAAGAUAUACCUGCCCAGAUUUCCUUGUACAGAAGACAAAUUGUGAAACCAUAGAGUCAGCUCCAAAGCAGCAUAUUUCUAUGGAAGAAUUAUCCAAAGAAAGACUCAAAAAGAAUAGUCCCUGGGAUUCUAAAUUGGAAGAUGCUUGGAAUUAUGAUAUCAAAUUAGAGAGGCAAAACAAAAAUCAAGAGAGAUCAUCCAGACAAUUAAGAAUCAUUCACAGGAAUACUUUUAAUGGGUUAAAUACUAAUGAAUAUGAAACAUAUGGGGGAAAAGUCAAUCUAGGGUCAAAUGUUAUCCCACAACAGAAAAGUACUAUAGGAAAAUGUUUACAAAAAUAUGAUAUACUUGGAAACAGUGUCAGACUGUGUUCAGACUUAAUUAAGCAUAAUACAACUUCCUUGGGGAAGAAAUUUCCUAAGAACAAUAAUUGCAGGAAAUCUUUUAUUUACCAUUCGAAUCUUAUUCAUUAUCAUAGACUACAUACACGAGGAAAAGAUGCUAAGUAUAAUCAGAAUAGCAAAGAUUUCAGCAUCAAAUCCUCACACCCUGCUGUACAUCAAAAAAUAAAUAUAAAAGAAACCCCUUACAAAUGCAAUGAAUGUGGGAAAGCCUUCAAGCAGAAGAAAUACCUAAAAACACACAAGAUAAUUCAUAUUGGAGAGAAAUCUUUUGGAUGUAAAGAAUGUGGAAAAGCCUUUAGCAAUAAUCACAUCCUGUCUCAACAUCAAAUAAUUCAUAGUGCAAAGAAACCAUUUGAAUGUAAUGAAUGUGGUAAAGCUUUCAGUAGCAAACGAUACCUAAUUGAACAUAAAACAGCUCACACGGGAGAGAAACCUUAUAAAUGUAAUGAGUGUGAAAAAGCCUUCAGCUGGCAUGCAAGCCUCUAUGUACAUAAGAGAGUUCAUACUGGAGAGAAGCCCUUUGAAUGUAAGGAAUGUGGAAAAGCCUUCAGCAAGAAAGUAUAUCUUAUUAGACAUAAGGUAAUUCAUACUGGAGAGAAGCCCUUUGAAUGUAAUGCAUGUAGGAAAGCUUUUAGGCACUAUUCUUCCCUUAUGCAACAUCAAAAAAUUCAUACAGGGGAGAAACCCCAUAAAUGUAAUGAAUGUGAAAGAGCCUUCAGACAAAAGGCACACCUUGAAAUUCAUAAGAGAAUUCAUAAUGGAGAAAAGCCCUUUAAAUGUAAUGAAUGUGGGAAAGCCUUUAGGAACAAAGUAUACCUUAAUACACAUCAAGUAAUUCAUACUGGAGAGAAACCCUAUAAAUGUCAUGAAUGUGGGCGGGCCUUCAGGCGGAAGGCACACUUAGAAACACAUAAGAUAAUCCAUACAGGAGAGAAGCCCUUUGGAUGUAAUGAAUGUGGGAAAGCCUUCAGCAGUAAUCACCACCUAAAUCAGCAUCAAACAAUUCAUACUGGAGAGAAACCUUACAAAUGUAAUGAAUGUGGGAAAGCCUUUAGCAGUAAUCACUACCUAAUUCAACAUCAAACAAUUCAUACUGGAGAGAAACCUUAUAAAUGUAAUGAAUGUGGAAAAGCUUUCAGCACAAUUGCCAGACUUGAGACACAUAAGUUAGUUCAUCCUGGAGAGAAGCAUUUUGAAUGCAGUGAAUGUGGGAAAGGCUUCAGGUACAAAUCAGGUCUUAUACGACAUCAAAGGACUCAUACUGAAGAGAAACCCUAUAAAUGUAAUGAAUGUGGGAAAGUCUUCAAGCGGAGCUCAUCUCUUAUGCAGCAUGAGAUAAUUCACACUGGAGAGAAGCCCUACAAAUGUGAUGGAUGUGGGAAAGCUUUUAGUAGGAAAGGAAACCUUGAAAUACAUAGGAGAAUCCAUACUGGGGAGAAACCUUACAUAUGUAAUGAAUGUGGAAAAGCCUUUAGGCAUAAAGGAAGCUAUAAUGCACAUAUGAAAAUGUAUACUGGAAAGAAACAUUUUGAAUGUAAUGAAAGUGGAACAGCCUAAAUAAGCACCCAAUUGCUACACAGAAUUCAUAGGACAUAAAUAUUCAUUAAAUAUAUAGAACUUGAGAAAAAUUUGCAUUGCAAAAAAUCAUGAAAUUUAUAUUAAAGAGAAACCCAAUGAAUGUGGUUUGGCCUUUAACUAGAACGUAUACCUUACUGAAAACUUAUACUUGAAAGAAAUAUUUUUAGUGUAAUGAAUGCAGGAAUGUUUCCAAAUGAUGGAGAAACUUUAAGGAAUGUUAGAAUUCAUGCUGGAAAGAAACUUUCUAAAUGUAAGAAAUCUGGGAUAGCCUUUAGGAAAAAAAAAGCAAAGCUUCAUGUUGAAGGGAAACACUUCCAAUAAAGUUGAGUGCACAAGCUUUCAA